ACCAUUUGGCCACGACUAUCGUACUAUGUUUUUGUGAGGAUAACUUAAAAAUUGAUGAACAGUAGUCUCAUGGUUACAAAGUUAGAACCUUCACCAGCUAAGUUUGUUCUCUUCCCCUCCACGUACGCCAUUGCCAGCACAUUUUUCUUCUGUCUCUUCUUAUUUUAAUAUCAUCCCAAUCUUUACAACUGGAGUAGAACUUCGAAAUUAGCUAGAGUGAGGAAAUGGAAGAUGGCUAUGGAAUCAUAUGGGCCUACCUGCUUCUCAUUGCGCCGGCGUACCUUCAGUAUGCCUAUUCGCAGCCAACCGCCGAAUCGACGGACAGUCCCUUCCGAUUCGACUUGGACCUCACGCCCUCCACGUUGAUCAUCACCGUCGUCCUCGUGUGCGGAUUUGCCUUGCUUGCGUUCUUCUCCAUCUACAUCAAACAGUGUACAAGGUCGCGAGCCGGGGCAGCUUCAAGAACCGUCAGACCGGAUGUGUCUUCCACUCCCGACCGACCCAAACGCCGCGGUCUCGACCCUGCGGUGGUUGAGACCUUUCCGAUACUUGCGUACUCCGCGGUCAAGGGUCUUAAAAUCGGCAGAGGAGCGCUGGAGUGCGCGGUAUGCUUGAACGAGUUCGAGGAUCACGAAACACUCCGUUUGUUACCCAAGUGCAACCACGUCUUCCACCCUUAUUGUAUCGACACCUGGUUAACCUCCUGGGGAACUUGUCCGGUUUGCAGAGCGAGGCUCACCCCGGAGGCCUCCAAAGCCGAUCCAUCACAAGCAAACGAGUCAACGCCGGAAAACUCGACAUCCCAAGUCGGGGAAGACCAAAAUCACGUCGUGGUUAACGUUGAGGAAGUUGAAAGCGGAGGCGUACAACAGGCACGUGAGAUCGCAAACGUUCCGGCGAGGCCGAGGAUACCUGAGAAGUUUCAGGAGUCGAACUCGACGGGGGACUCAGUGGUUCAACCCGGAGAGAACACGGAACGAUACACGUUAAGAUUGCCAGAGGAGGUGAGGAAGCAGGUUCUGGAAUGCGAGCAGCCGGAGAUUCCGAAGAGCCACGGCGUCGUUUUGACCAGAGUAGAAAGUUCACGGAAAGGGUAUAGAACCGGUGGGGGAAGAGAAGAGUGACGUGGAUCAUCGACCGUUUGAAUCUUGUCGUUUUGGUGCCUUGACUCAGCAAGCGAUCACUCCGGUGGAAUACGAGAAGCCGCAUGUGCCGGGGUGAUGCCGGGGCGUGGGGACGAGGGACAAGCCCUUCUGUGAUUCUGAAACCAAACCGUGACGCGGAGCAGUCGACCGGGUUCAGUGUGCAGAGUAGAAAUUUAAACCGGCCUAAGAAGAGAUUCACUCUUUUUAAUUGUUUGAUUGAAUUCACUGGUCUAAUCAAAAUAGAGAUAGAUCACAAAUGCUCACGUGAUUGUAGAAGUUUUAGGACAUUAUUGGAGGUAGUCUUUGUUCGCUUUCCUUUAGUUAAAAUGACUAUUUCU